GGUUUACCACAGAUAGUUUUUUAAUUACGUCAAAAUGACUGGUCGCGGCAAAGGCGGAAAAGGUUUAGGAAAAGGAGGCGCUAAACGUCACAGAAAAGUUCUUCGUGAUAAUAUUCAGGGUAUUACAAAACCAGCUAUCAGAAGGUUAGCGAGACGAGGCGGCGUCAAAAGAAUAUCUGGAUUAAUUUAUGAAGAAACCCGUGGCGUUUUGAAAGUUUUCCUGGAAAACGUAAUCCGUGAUGCCGUGACCUAUACAGAACACGCGAAAAGAAAAACUGUGACAGCUAUGGACGUUGUCUAUGCGUUGAAGAGACAAGGAAGAACGCUGUACGGUUUUGGCGGGUGAAUAAUUUUAAGGUUAAAUGAAGAAAUAAAUGAAACGUUUGAUUUAGUUACCUUUUUAUUUAUUACUGUUGACAUGGCCCUUUUCAGGGCCGCAU